GUCCAGCCCCUAAUUACCACGGGGAAAUUAUAAAAGGAACCCCCGCACUCAGGCUUCGCAUUCAGCUGUCUCGGCUGACAGGCUCGUCUGCCAACAUGAGAGUCUCCAGGCACCUUCCCGCCCUGGCUCUGCUCUGGUUAUUCCCUCUACUCUUACCCUCAGGAGCCCAGGAGAACGGAAGCGAUCUGCAGGUCUGGGUGCAUCCCCCAAAUCCCGUGAUCCUCUCGGGGGAUUCAGUAGUCCUGAACUGUAGCACCAACUGUCCUACUGAAGCAAAAAUCGGCCUGGAGACCAGGCUGCCCAAGAUCGUGGAGGACCAAGGGAAGAACUGGAGGGCCUUCAGGCUGAGAAAUGUGACCAGGGAUGAUAGUCCCUGGUGCUUUGUCAACUGCCCCACGAAGAAUCAGAGCAGCACCAGAACCCAUAUCUUGGUGUAUGAGCCACCAAAAAAAGUGACGCUGAAUCUAGAGCCUUCUCAGGAGCAGUCCUGGAUCCCUGUGGGCCAGAACUUCUCUGUAAGCUGCCAAGUGGCAGGUGGGAGACCUCGGGAGAACUUGAAGAUGGUGCUGCUUCGGGGAGAUCAGGAGAUAAGCAGUCAGCUUGUUCCAAAGAACACUCUUGACACGGCUACUGUGAUGUUCUACCCCAUAGCCAGUAGGGAGGACAAUGAAGCCAACUUCUCCUGCCGUGCUUCUCUGGAUCUCCGGGCAAAGGGGCUUACCCUUUAUCAGAACAGCUCCAUCCCCCGGAAGCUUUCCACUUUUGCCCUGGCAUCAGAGCCCCCAGUGCUUGUAGCACCCAAGCUCCUGGAGGCUGGGUCCAAGGAGCAGGUGAGCUGUGAGAUGGACAAGCUGUUCCCAGUGGAGAAAGCCCACAUACAACUGACGUGGGGAGGGCAGGUCCUGACUCAAGUCAACGUUAUCCAACAUGCAGACAUGCUAAGGGCCACAGCCACAAUUAUGACGUCACAGGAAGUGGAGGCUGAUGAAGAAUUGACCUGCAGUGUGAACCUGGGUGGCGAGACCAGGAAGAAAUCAGAAAACGUGAUCGUCUAUACCUUUCCACAGCCCAGCCUUGUGGCCAGUGGACCCGUCCAGGAGGGGAAUCGUGUGAACCUGACAUGUGAGGCCAGACCAAGAGCCAGGGUGCAGAUUAAUGGUGCUCCCCCUGAUGAACCAAACAGGAUUUCCCUGAUAGUCGGGGAGAAGGACAACGGACGCUUGUUCAUCUGCCAAGCCUUCCUGAAAUUGAGGGAAGAGACACUGCAAAAAAACAGGAGCCUGGAACUAAAUGUCCAGUUCCCCCCAAAGCUGGAUGAGGAAUGCCCAGGACACUGGAAUUGGCAGGAGGGGACUGAACAGACUCUACGGUGUGUCGCAAGAGGAAAUCCAGCCCCCACUGUGCGGUGUGUCCCAGAAAGUCAACAGAAUGGGAUGCCACUUGGGCUACUCCAUCGAGUCACCCGGGACCACAAUGGCACUUAUCACUGCACUGCUGAGAAUUCUAUAGGAAAAGCCGUCAAAGUCGUGACGGUGAAAGUGGAGUUCCAGGAUGUGAACUGGACACCAAUUAUCAUCAUCGUCCUGGUCAUGGUCUUGGUGGGGAGUAUUUUAGCCAUCUUCGGAUAUUUCUAUUAUCGGCAGCAGCGGAUUAGAAGCUAUGAACUGAGGAAAGCAGAAGAGGAAAGGAGCAUGAAGCUGAUGAACGCAGAGGGUCUAGCCUCUGCCUGAGGCUAGAGUUGGCUCCGGCCUUCCCGGUGCAAGCACUUUUUGGGGGGAGUCAGAGGCCUGGUUAACCCGGAGGACAAGAAAUUCCUUGUCGAAGAAAGGAGGUUGUGUCCAAAAGCCUAAAGCCAGGGCUGGGAAACUGCUGGACACUCUGCCUGCGUCUCAGGGCAACACGUGAGGUCCUGCUUGAUCUCUGGGCCCAAAGAGCUAGCUUGAAGCCCUUUUGGAGCCACACGCUAGGCUGAACUGGACAUGCCUAGGAAGGGGACUCGGGGAACCCUGGCAUGGGAGUUGUGGGGUGAAGACAAUGUGACUGACUACUGAGCUCCUGUAUCUGAGAACGGGUCUAGGGUUGUAUCCAGUGACACUGAUAUGGGAUCAUGAGAUGGCUCAUAAGGAAACCCAGAAGAGGAAACACUAGCCAAGGACUGCUUCAGCACUUUGGAGCUGGAGAGGGAGGGGAGAGGUUGGAAUAAGAUAAAGGGUCACCCCUCACUUAUUGUCUUCCCAUGGAAGAGUCCCUGCUUCUGCCAACAAAGCUUGAUCAGUGUCUCUGAUUCAGUUUUGGGGGCAACCAAUAGUUUAUCUCAAGUCACUAUACUUCUGGGCCCCAGGCCCUUUCCACCUUAGAUGGGGUGGGAACCAAAAGCAAGGGUAGGGGAAGGGAUUGAUUAUAAAACAAGACGAACACAUACAAGCACAGGCCCUGAAACACACAUUCUCUCUCUCUCUCUCUCUCUCUCUCUGUUUCUCUCUCUCUUCCUCCCCCCCCCCUUUCUCUGUCUCUCUCCCCUGGACAGAGACAGAAACUGCCUGAAGACUUUCAAUGAGGGGAAAUCCCACUGUAUGCCAAGGCACCCAAUUAUUCCACUAUGAAACUGCUCUGCUUAGGCAGUUCUUCCUCUUGUUGAGCCCAAAUUUGCCUAAUCAGAUGUUACUCUUUAAUUAAUUAAAAAUUGCUCUUAUUUCAUUCCCA